AUGCAGCUGUCUGGCACGGGCUGGAGGUUGCGUGGACCCAGCUGCUCCCGUUUACAAAAUGUGGAGCAGGAGUCGGAGAGGAGAGGAGCAGAGAGGCUCCUGGAAGUUUUUGGCAUGGAAGACCCUCCGCCACCCCCAGCUCACUUCAAGCAGCCGCCUCAGUACAUGGUGGAUCUAUUCAACACCGUCGCCAACGCAGAUGGUGUCACCAAGAACCCUGACAUCCUGGAGGGCAACACGGUCCGCAGCUUCUUGGAUAAAACUCACGGCGAGAAGAUGCGGUUCCUUUUUGUCCUCUCCAGUGUUGCCAAGAACGAGAAGAUCCUGACGGCAGAGCUGCAUCUCUUCCGCCUCUGGCCGAGGGCCACCGAUGGGCCUAAAAGGCACCACUUCUGCCAGGUCAGCGUCUACCAAGUGCUGGAGAAGAGCGAGCCGGACGCUCCGGAAGGGAAGAAGCUGCUGGCAGCCAGGCUGGUCUCACUGCAGGGCUCGGGCUGGGAGGUCUUUGCCAUCACACAGGCUGUUCGCGACUGGACUGAAGAUGAAAGCAGCAAUCGGGGUUUGCUGGUGAUGGUCCAGGGCCUGGGCGGGAGCCCGCUCGACCCCCCACCACUGCAGUUCGCAUCCAGCAGGGACCACCACGAAAGCAAAAAGCCCAUGUUGGUCCUGUUCACAGACGACGGACGCCGGGGAGCAUCCCUGCCCGUGGCCGGCUUCCCAGGUGGGUCCCACAUGCCCUUCCCCGCCAAGAUGUCAGUGCCCAAGCUGAUCGGGCCGCGCAGCACGCGUUCGCUGGAUCGGCUCCAGCCCUGCCAGAGGCAUCCCUUGUCUGUGGACUUCGAGGAGAUCGGCUGGUCUGGACAGCGGGGUCCAGUACGCAAUAUUGAGCACGGUCACAACACCGUCAUGGGCAUGAUCCAUCCCUCCAAACAGCCCGAGCUGGCAGUGGCACCUGUACAACAGCAGAUACCCCUCUGCCCCUGCAAGACGCUGCUGUGA